GAACUGUAAUUCCACUUGUCCCAAAUAAAAAAUUCCAAAAAAAUCCCAAAUUUCGAAUCAGACUACAAAAUCUGAAAGGCGCAGUCUUGAAACUGACUCUUUGACAACUUCCCCUCUUCACGCGGCGGCAGCCACCGUCAACCGCCCCCAAAAUGUCGGCCAUUUCGCCGCCCCAACCCCUCCCAUCCUCCUCAUCCAAAUCACCCAGCAAAACCCUAAUCCCCAAUUCCACCCGCUCAUGGAACAGCAUCCAUUGCGAGCUCAAGAAUGCUUCUUCCACUGCUCCUCAGAAAUGGACAAUUGAUUGCGUCUCUUCAACCGACCCAAUUCACAUAAUUCUCAAACCCCCGAAUUCAGCCUCGAUUCCUUCGCCCAUGGAUUCCUCGCUCAAGAAUUCUAAGAGGGUUUGUCUCUUUUACUGCUCCGAGAUGAAGGAUCUCGCUGAGAGAAUUGCUUCCGAGUCCGACGCCAUUGAGCUUCGUAGCAUUAGUUGGAGGACAUUCGAAGAUGGAUUUCCGAAUUUGUUCAUAUCCAAUGCUCAAGGAGUUCGUGGACAGCACGUAGCUUUCCUUGCUUCAUUCAGCUCUCCUGGAGUUAUUUUCGAGCAAUUGUCCAUCAUCUAUGCUCUGCCGAGACUAUUUGUCUCAUCCUUCACACUUGUCCUGCCAUUUUUCCCGACGGGCACUUCUGAGAGAAUGGAGGACGAAGGAGAUGUUGCCACAGCAUUCACGCUCGCGAGGAUCUUGUCUAAUAUUCCAAUAUCUAUGGGUGGACCUGCCAGCUUAGUAAUUUUCGAUAUCCAUGCUUUACAGGAGAGGUUUUAUUUUGGUGAUAAUGUGUUGCCCUGCUUUGAAAGUGGUAUACCGCUGCUCCUGAAUAGGUUACAACGGCUUCCUGACUCUGACAAUAUAACAAUAGCCUUUCCCGAUGACGGUGCAUGGAAACGGUUUCACAAGCAGCUGCAGCACUUUCCAAUGGUUGUUUGUGCUAAAGUAAGAGAAGGUGAUCAGCGAAUUGUACGAAUUAAGGAGGGCGACCCAAAGGGACGUCAUGUUGUGAUAGUCGACGACCUUGUCCAGUCUGGUGGCACACUGAUAGAGUGUCAGAAAGUGUUGGCCAAACAUGGAGCUUCAAAAAUAAGUGCUUACGUGACGCAUGGAAUCUUUCCAAAUAAGUCGUGGCAGCGGUUUAACCACGACAAAGGAGGCAACCCCGAGAACGGAAUGACCUAUUUUUGGAUCACGGACUCGUGUCCGGAGACGGUGAAGCAGGUAAAGAACAAGCCCCCGUUCGAGGUUAUAAGUCUUGCUGCCGCCAUAGCAUCUGCGCUCCAUAUUUAGCAGUGGCGCUGAGUUCGAGUUUUCGUACAAGACUCUUCAGUCUUCACUGACUUCCCAGUAUCCCUUUUGUGUUUUUACAUAAAUCUUUCAGAAAGUGCCAAAGGCUUAUAGAGAUUCCGACUGAAAGCUAAGUUGGUGGAAGCUGUCUCGUUUAAUAGUUCCCCAAAAUAAUAUUUUAUGUAGUAGAAUUUUGUAUGAUUUAUUUGUAGGAUUAUUUUGGUGUGCAUUAAUCCAAACUCAGUGUCUUGAUAAUGUAAUAAAAGAAAUAAAGAAUACAUCUUGUUUUUCUUGGAUAAUUGAUUUUUUAGCUUCUGCAA